AUGGCUGAGGCGACUCUUCACAACGUGCCAAUUGUCAUCGACAAUGGCAGUGGCACGAUCCGAGCAGGCUUCGCCGGAGAGGAGAUUCCAUCAUGUUAUUUCCCGUCGUUUGUCGGUCGUCCCAAGCACCCGCGCGUGAUGGCCGGUGGUCUCGAAGGGGACUCGUUCAUCGGGUCCCGUGCACAAGAACUCCGCGGACUGUUGAAGAUCAGGUAUCCCCUGGAACACGGCAUUGUCACGAACUGGGAAGAUAUGGAAUCGAUUUGGCACUACGUCUACGAAAACGAGCUCAAGACCCUCCCCGAAGAACACCCCGUCCUGCUCACGGAGCCACCGCUGAACCCGCGCGCCAACCGUGAUAUCGCAGCCCAACUCAUGUUCGAGGCUUUCAACGUACCGGCCUUGUAUAUGUCGAUUCAGGCCGUGUUGUCGCUGUACGCGUCUGGGCGGACCACGGGUGUGGUCUUGGAUUCUGGUGACGGUGUUUCCCACGCAGUGCCUGUCUUUGAGGGGUUCGCUAUUCCGAAUAGUAUUCGGAGAAUUGAUGUUGCUGGUCGCGAUGUUACGGAACAGAUGCAGUUGUUGCUGCGGAAGGCUGGGCAUGUGCUGCACACUAGCGCCGAGAAGGAGGUGGUGCGGAUGAUUAAGGAGAAGGUCUGCUACGUGUCGCUGGAUCCGAAGCGGGAAGAGAAGGAGUGGAUGAACAGCUACCACAAGUCUGAUGCUAAAGCGAUGGACUACGCUCUUCCAGACGGUCAUAAGAUCAAGAUCGGCCAAGAACGUUACCGUGCGCCUGAAAUCCUCUUUGAUCCCGAGCUCAUCGGCCUCGAGUAUCCCGGUGUGCACCAGAUCGUGCAAGACGCCAUCACUCGCACAGAUCUCGACCUGCGAAAAUCGCUAUACCUCAAUAUUGUGCUUUCUGGAGGUUCAACACUGUGCAAGAACUUCCCUGAUCGGUUGAUGCGCGAGAUCAAAAAGCUAGCAGUCGAGGACAUGAAGAUCCGCAUUUCUGCGCCUGCUGAGCGCAAGUACACCACGUGGAUUGGUGGUAGCAUUCUUGCCGGGCUGAGCACGUUUAGAAAGAUGUGGGUAAGCGCAGACGAAUGGCACGAGGAUCCCGAGGUGAUCCACAAGCGAUUCGCAUGA